AUGGCAGACGAACAAGCAGAAACCCCAAGAAUCAAGGACGGUAUCAAGCUCACGUGGGAGAGCCAUCUCAACGUUCAAGCACAAUCGGUCCCUGAAGAGAGAGCCGGCCGAGAGUUUGAAACAGGAGAAAAGAUAUUUGGAGCUCUUGAGGAGGGGAACGUUCUUGCGGUACAAAUUUGUGCUCAAUACCCCGAGUGGGCUAUUUAUGCCGAGGAAGGCUAUCUGGCCAUUGAACUUGGGAAUCCUACGGACCACACCCCCGUAAACUUCGAAAAUGUGGUGUCGCGCACGAAAAACUUCCAGCACGCCAUCAUGGAAAUGAACGAGGUACUGUAUCCUGGCAUGGAACAACGUCGUCUUCCCGAUAUUGUAUUCAACGCUUCACGUAUCGAUACGAGUGAAACGCAUCAACUACGUGUUCUCGUCAUAGAUGGUGGGGGCGUUAGAGGCCUCGCUGCACUCCACAUCCUGAACAAGAUAAUGAUCAGGGCGCACGGCGAGGACUAUGACGCAAAGAACAUCAAGCCCUGUGAUGUAUUUGACAUGAUUUGCGGUACCAGUACUGGAGGGCUCAUUGCCAUCAUGCUCGGCCGGAUGGAAAUGAAAGUUAGUGAUUGCAUCAAGGAGUACAAGAACUUCAUGGACAAGGUUUUCCCGCGCGGCAUAUUGGACAACAAGUUUCUGAACGAUAUCCCCGGUGUUGGGUACUUAUUGUCGGGGUUGUCAUGGGUACGAGAGACAUUCAACGAAAUUUCCAAAGGUGAGAAAUGGGCGUCUGAUGAAUUGGAGAAUUCCAUCAAGACAGCGAUGCGGACAUAUAUGCAAGAUCAGGAAGGCAAGCCAGCGGAUCCGGAGCAGGUUUUGCUGAAAGACGACGAUAAGGCGAAAUGCAAAGUGUUCGUCACAGCUACCCGGAAGCAGAACGCCAACAGCACCGCCCCUGUCUUGUUGCGGUCCGAUGUGAACCCAGUCGAGAAAAACGAAUUGCCCACCAUUAAAUUAUGGGAAGCAGCUCGAGCUACAGCCGCGGCGCCCUUGUACUUCAAACAUGUAACUGUUGGAGAAUACACUCUCGUGGACGGUGGACUGCAGGCCAACAACCCGCUGGGAUGGGCAUGGAAUGAGGUUAUGACUACCUUCGGGCCUGCACGCACGACUAGCUGUUUCUUGAGCAUUGGCACAGGCGCAGCCGAAGCAAAAGCGAUUCCUACCAUAGGACUCAACUGGGACCUCUUGAAAAUCAAGGCCGCGUUCCUGGACGCUCUGUCAGCCCUGACCACCAACACGGAGAUCACCAACGUUCUAUUUCGAUCGCUGAUCAACAAUUUUGCUCCUCAAAGCGGUAUCAAGAAGUAUUGGCGGUUCAACGUUGGCGACGGAUGGGUUGAUUUGGUGAAGAAGAACGACUCGUGGGUAGCGCAAUCGGAUUCGGAUCCGAAGCCGUUCGACAUCGCCCUGGAUGACUCAGGUAAGAAACGCGAGAUAGCGGACGAAGCUAUGAAAUACAUGAACGCAGACGGAAAAAAUCAAUUCAACAAGAUUGAGGAUUGUGCUGCGGCUUUGCGCGACCGAAGCUCGAAAGAUGACGAUGCUAGGUCUCUUGCUACUGCUCCUGUUCCCACUUCAUCUCUUCCGACGCCGCCGCCGGACAAGACUACAUUCGAGGAGGGGGCCCAUUGA